AUGAUUCUCUUACAUUUCAUUGCAGCUACACCUCAAAUAAAUCUUCAUUAUACAGACUGGGUAAAAGAAAAUGAAAGUAAUAAUGGCCUGCAACAUGAUUGUUUACGUGUUCUUGCUUCGAAUGAUGAAACCAGUAUUAGUCGUGAAAUUACAUCUUAUUGUAUGAGUGAAUUGCCAUCGGAAUUUCAUAUCAUCGAGAACGAUGAUGUUUUUCCAAAGUUUACUUUUGCUGAACUUUACAAACUAAAUAUAACAAGUGAACAUUUAUAUCUUUGGUCAGCACCAAUGGAUAUAGCUGAAGAUUAUCAAUAUUAUUUAAAUCAAUUAUCUAUAUCGAAUAAUAUAAUAUACUUAGCAUCACAAGUAUUCUAUAAUUGUACAUUACCAAGAUUUGGUUCUAUGUGUCAAUAUGAAAUUAUUUAUUAUCAAUCAAAUCAUUUAUCGUUAUAUGAUAUCAUUCAUGACUAUUAUAGUACACAUGAAUAUAAUCCAACUAAUUUUACUUGUUAUACUCAUUUAAAAUGUAAUCGUGGUAAUUUUCCAGCAUGUUUAGAUUGGAGUGAAAUUUGUGAUGGACAAAUACAUUGUCUCGAUGGUGAAUAUGAUGAAGAACAAUGUUGGCAAAUUGACAUGAAUGAAUGUAAUGAUGAUGAAUAUCGAUGUAGGAAUGGACAAUGUAUACCUCAAGAAUUCUUUCGAGAUGAUAAUCAAAUUCCUGAUUGUCUUGAUGGUUCUGACAUAAUUUCAAUGCUAAGAUACGGAGUUAUCGAUUGUGAUACUGCUAAACCAUCAUUUAUUUGUGAAGAACUCAUAUGUACGCUUAAGAACUUUCUGACAAGCUCAUGUACGUUUGAACGAAUUCUCCUGUUAUGGAAGGCGAUUUAUUCUACCAAAGACGAAUCGAUUUCGGAAGAAUGUUGGGCAAGUAUUGGAUGCUUGUUCCGAGUACCAGGUUUUGAAAAGUCAUUUUGUCAGAAGAUUUGUGAUUUAGUGUCAUGUGCAAAGAUAGUUAAUAAUACUUGUCCAGAUAUGUUUUAUCUACCGAAUGUUCCAAUUUUCUUUGGUGACGUUUAUGCUGCAGCUAGAAAAAGCGAGUUAUUAAAGGAUCUCUAUGCAUCUUGUGCGUCACUUUAUAUAUGCUAUAACAAUUCUCGUUAUGAUGGAUAUUUCAUUGAUAAACCAAAGAUUUUUUUCAAUAAUCGUACAUGCUUUUCUGAUGCUUGGGACUCACAGUGCAAGCUUUGGCCUUGGCCACUUUUAUGGUCACCUGUUAAUCAAGAAUAUCUAGUAGAACUUUACAACGGCUUAAAGAAAUUCAGUAUGAUUCUUAACUAUAAUUCUGCAAUUUGUAACCGAUCAAACAGGUAUCAGUGUACAAAUUGGUCGAAAUGUAUAUCUAUUGGUCGUCUUAUGGAUGCCGUGCAUGACUGUCCUGAAUCAGAUGACGAAGAUAUUUCGAAAAUCAGUCAUAUUGGCUUAAAAAAUCCUUUCAAAAACUAUUUUAAAUGUGAAUUAGCUAAUAAAUAUAUCGAACAAUACCGUUUUCAAAACCGACAUUGUGAUUGUCUCGUACAAGACUAUCAUUUUUGUGAAGAUGAAGAUUUACAUAUUUAUUUUGUAAGAAAAAAUAUAUCAUUUCAAACUAUUUGUGAUCGAUUUACUGAAUUGACUCCCAUUAAUAUUACAGAUAAAAAUGAGACUGAUGAAACAGAAUGUGAACAAUGGCUCUGUAAUAAUAUAUAUACUCGUUGUGAUGGUUUAUGGAAUUGUCCACGUGGUGAAGAUGAAAUUGGUUGCGAUUUAUCAGCAACAUUCAAUUGUCCUUCAGGUCAUCAUCAAUGUGUUUCGUCUCUCACGAAUAAAUUUACGUGCCUACCUGUUGACAAAGCAAAUGAUAACAACAUUGAUUGUGUCGGAGCUACUGACGAGCCAUCGUUAUGCCAACCAAAAUAUGAAGUAUAUCUUUACGAUAAUUUUUAUUGUAGGCAAUCAAACGUGUCUGGUUGUUACAGUAACAGUAUUGUUUGCGAUGCUUCGAAAGAUUGCGAUCAUCGGGAUGAUGAGACCUUUUGUGUAACGAACCGAACUUCUAGCCAACGUUUUGGUAUAUGUCAUAAAUCUCAUACAUCUAUCCGUUCUGAUGUUGAACAGUUUCUCUGCGAAGAAACAAAACCCAAGACAAAACAACAAAUUAAAUACUUUUCCUUGAAUGGACUGGACAUGUCGGUCAAACAUCAGUCGAAGACUGUGACAAAACCGUCGUCAUCAAUUUCAUCUGUAAAUGAAAUAUUUCAUCUACCUGAACUUCAAUGUCAUCGUGGUUUUGAUAUACGUUUCUGGUUAAACAAUCGAAAGAACAUAACACGAAAUACAUGUCUCUGUCCACCUAGUUUUUAUGGUGAUAUAUGUCAAUAUCAAAAUCAACGAGUUAGUUUGACUAUUCAAUUUCGAGCAUUAUCAGAUUCUUAUUCAACAGUAUUUGCAAUAAUUGUUGCACUUAUUGAUGAUAGUGAACAAAGAACUAUUCAUUCAUAUGAAAAAUUAACUUAUCUAUCAAUUCGAGAUUGUAAAGUUAAAUUUAACAUUUAUUUACUCUAUUCGACUCGACCAAAAAAUCAAACAAAAAUAUAUGCAAUACAUAUUGACAUAUAUGAAAAACUUUCAUUAAAUUAUCGAGGAAGUUUUUUAUUUCCAAUCAAGUUUCCAUUUUUACCUGUUCAUCGGCUACCAUAUUUAGUUGAUAUUCCUCGAAAAGAAAAAGUUCAAACUUGUUCAAAUUCGAAAUGUAUUCAUGGUAAAUGUAUCAUUUAUUCAAAUAACCCACAGCACAGUAGUUUUUGUCAAUGUAAUCGAGGAUGGUCUGGACAAUAUUGUACUAUUUCGCAUGUUUCUAUGUGUUCAUCAGAUUCAAUAUUUAUUGGUGUUUCGGCCUACAAUAGAUCUAUAUGUGCUUGUCCUAUUAAUAAAUUUGGUGAUCGUUGUCUCUUAGUAAAUAACAUUUGUCAAAUAGAUAAUAAUCUAAAAUGUGAAAAUGGUGGUCAAUGUAUACCUGCUGAUGAAUAUACAAUAUCAAAUAAAACAUUUACCUGUAUUUGUCCAAAAGGUUAUAGUGGAGAUCGAUGUGAACUAGUUCAUAAUAAAAUUGUUUUAUCAUUUGGUAAAGGUAUUAUUUUAUCUCAAUCGAUAUUUAUUCAUUUCAUAGAAGUUAUUAAUAAUAGUAUACCUGGUAGAACGACUACUUUUCGAACAAUACCUCUUCAACAAAAUUCACUUACCAUAUAUUGGUCACAACCAUUUCAUCUUAUUUUUAUUGAACUAUUGAAUAAAUUUUACUAUUUAGCUCUUAUUCACAAAAACUAUCAACGAUCAAUAACAAUUAAUACAACAAUUCAACCAUCAAAUCGUUGUCUACACAUAAAUGAAUUAUUUAAUCAAACAUUUGUAAAAAUGCAUGUUCUUCGUCGUAUUAAAUAUUAUCAUUUGCCAUGUCAAAAAUAUUCAUCAAAUCUUUCUUGUUUCUAUGAUGAUCGUUAUAUUUGUUUAUGUUAUAAUUAUGAACAACAACAUUUAGCCAACUGUUUUGACUUUAAUCAUGAUAUGAAAUUCGAUUGUUUAGGUCAAAGUGUUUGCGAAAAUGGAGGACAAUGUUUUCAAGAUAUGCCAGAUUGUCCACGACGAUCAAUGUGUAUUUGUCCAAAAUGUUUUUACGGAGAACGAUGUCAAUUUACUUCAAGUGGAUUCGGUUUAUCUCUUGAUCCUAUCAUAGGAUAUCAUAUUCAACCACGAAUUAGUCUUUUGUAUCAGCCAACUAUUGUAAAAGUUAGUUUAGCAUUCACUAUCAUCUUUAUGAUAGCUGGAUUUAUUAAUGGAAUUUUAUCUUUAAUUACAUUUAACAAUAAAAAUAUAUGUGAAACUGGUUGUGGUUUAUAUUUAUUAGGUUCAACAAUAACUACUUUACUCAUAACGUUUAUGUUUGGACUAAAAUUUUGGAUACUUCUUCUUGCACAAAUGACAUUUAUAUCAAAUCGAUUAUUUUUAAAAAUUCAAUGUUUAUCUCUUGAUUUUAUUUUACGAGUUUGCCUUGAUAUGGAUCAAUGGCUAAAUGCAUGUGUAGCUAUGGAACGAGCAGUCACAAUAAUAAAAGCUGCUCGUUUUCGAAAGAAGAAAAGUAAACAAACAGCAAAAAUUGUGAUCGUUUUCCUUUUACUGUUUAUGAUUAGUACUUCAAUAUAUGACCCAUUUUAUCGACGUUUAAUAGAUGAAGAAAAUGAAGAUAUUAAACGAACAUGGUGUAUUGUUACUUAUCCAUCUCGUUUGAAAACAUUCAAUUCAAUUGUUCAUUUAUUUCACUUUUUUAUUCCAUUUAUUCUUAAUCUAAUAUCAGCUACAAUUCUUAUAACAAAAAAAUCUCAUCAACAAUCAAAAGUUCGAAGAAAUAUACGUUUCGUAGAAACUUUCAAAAAACAAAUUCUACAACAUAAACAUUUAUUUACUGCACCGGUUGCAUUAGUUAUUCUUGCAUUACCACGUUUAAUUUUAUCAUUUGUAUUAAAAUGUAUGUCAUCAACAAACGAUUCAUGGUUAUUUCUUAUUGGAUAUCUUAUUUCAUUUAUUCCACCUAUGCUCACAUUUAUGGUGUUUAUAGUACCAUCAAGAUUUUACAAAGAGCAACUUCAUAGAUCUAUGUUUGUUUAUCGAAGAAAAAUACAGCGACGACUUAAAUAUAUUUGGUAA